GUGCUUGACUUCGCACCGGACCGGUGUUUGCCCGUGCCGCUGCGACUGCUGGAGUCAAAGUUUGCGUUCAGUUCGCGGGGAGCCAUCUUCGAGGAUUGUUCUGAAAGCCGUCGCGGCGAAGUGCGCGUAGAUCGCGAUCGUUGUUGGUGGAAUAGCGUGCGUGCGUGCGAACAGCAAACGAUGACGACACAAAGGAAACGGCCGCGAACUUCGACGGCGGUGCUGAGCGUGUUAGUGGCGGGUGCACUGAUCUUGACCGUUUUGGCGCGCAAUUGCAGUGCAAACUUUGUGGCGUACGAAGACCAAGACGACGUUGAUAAGGAUAACACCGAUCUGGAGGAGUACGUGCACGAUGAGGAACAGAAGCGGGCCGACUAUCACGAUGCCAUCGAUCGGUUGAUUUCCCAUGCGUUGAACGAGACGCGUCAGCCGGAAAACCGGGAUGCAGGCGUCAAGGUCGCUGCAACUAAUGAAACCGAACGCGAUGAGGAUCUGACUUGUGCGGGAAAUCGUUCGCCUAAACGGAUCAAUGCGCUCGAAGCGCUGACAGUGAAAAAAUGCUGUCCCAUGGGACAAUCGUUCCUGCACGAAAGCAUCAGCAAGUGCCGCUUUCCCCUGCGUCCAGCACGGCUACCGGUCGUGAGCCGCGAGUUGCACUUUUACGAUCGAUCCUGUUACAGAUUCGGACCGUACCUUAAGCACAACCUCACCAUCGAUGGACAUUGUAUAGGAAAACACCUGGUGUUCAACGAUGGCGCAAUGUUCACGGUCAUCCAAAAUGGGUCCCUCAUGGUGUCUACCACCGAGCAGCUGCUGAUGUACAAGGACUUUUGCCUGGAGGAGACUGGCAGUUCGGUCUUGGUGGCGCACGUUUGCGACGCGAUUGUAUUCCCGGAUCCGUUCGAUUGGGUCGAUAAGAUGAUCAUUGGAUCGGCACUGUUGGUUCUGUCCUUGACGGUCCUCCUGUAUGCUUUCGAAUCGAGCUUCCAAACGGUGUUUGGACGGUUGAUUCUGAUUCACGCGGCGUUGCUGUUUACCGCGCUGCUAUUGGAGGCUGCGCUGACGGAGUUUAAUGAAGCAUUCUACUCCACAAUUGUGUACGUCCUCAUUGGUGCAGCUUAUGUAUUGUAUGCGGCAGCCAACUUGUACGCCUUGUGCACGGGUCUGAGCAACUAUCAAAAAAUAGACAGCCGAAAUGUUGUGUAUUUAGCUUUAGGGGGAUGCAUUUUAUGGGUGGUUUCUGUACUAUUCACGAUGUACUUCAAUGAUAAAUUGGUUGCGCUCUGCACCAUUUUCAGUGGACUAGUACUAAGUGUGUUUGUGAACUUGAUUAUCCUGCGAGGGACCUUAAAACGUCGACAUCACCUAUUAACAGCCAUGGAUAGUUGCUACGAGAUUUCGGAUAGUUCUGAAUAUUCCACAUACGUACACCACAGAAAAGAGCUUGCCAUCCUCUGCUCGUUCGCCAGCACCAUCCAGCUUCUGCACUGGAUCCUGUUCUUGGCCAGUCGCUACAACUUGCUGUACGCGCUCAGUUGCUGCGGUUUGACCAUAUUUGCCGUAUUCGUGUGCUUCCGGUAUCGAUCGAUAACGUUGCUUCCUUGCUCCAGAACUGGCGAUGGCAGCAUCUCAAAAGUACUACGUCAUCGUCAGCAGCGACGGCAGCACCCGACCCACUACCAGCAGCAGCAGGAGCAACUGCCCUCAUCAGAGGAACCGACCCCGACCGUGCCACCGUGGGAGAAUGGGUAUAAUCAACUGCACGCUGCUGCGUCACCACCCAACGGCACCCACCAGCAGCAGCACCACAGUCGGGAUAAUCAAAAACACUCGCUCGCAUCGGUGGUCGAGGAACAGGAGUAGGAUGCCAACGCCCACAUAGAGCAAAUGUGACGCCAGUGCACGAUCGCACGGGCAAGGGGUUAAAUGAGGCGGAAAGCAGAACUUAAUGCCUUAAUGGCACUACGGUUGUGUGUUGUGAUUAAUCGCGUAAUGCGUGUCCUCCGGGUGAGAUUUGGUGUGAAUUUGUUUUAGCCUGACACUAGGGACUUAGGCUAAGCGACUACCUAUGUAUGUUUAUUUACAUACACCCAGGUUUUUUUUUACACGGUUGGAAUUCAUCAAUUUCUCGGUAAACCCGAACUUUCACAACUUUUUAAAUACCCCUGAAUUUUCUUUGAUUUUUUGUGAAUUUUUUGGUGGGGUCAACUCAUUGUUUCAUUGACGCUGAAGGUCUUAAACGACUAAAACCAAACCGUGUAAAAAAAACCUGGGUGUAAUUAUGUGAAGUGUGAUUGAA